ACUGACUGGAUGCAGUGACACGAUAAGUUUGUAGUUGCGAACUCUCGUUUUUUGAUUUCGUGCGAAACGAACAUCAUUCUCUUGAUUAAUUGAAAAUAAUUACAGACCUGAGCCACCAGUGACUAACAAGUAGAUGUGAUGUGCUGCGGAGUUUUUCUGCCACUAGUAGAAUACUUUUUCAAGGGAUAGAAAUUUAAGUAUUUUAUGCCUUAAAAGUGUGGAUUAUUUUUCUGACAAUUCUCUGAAGAGAAAUAAAAACUCCUGAGCAUCAUGUCUAGGAGUAAUAGGCCUCCUCCAAAGGAUAUGUACUGGUUUGCUCAUGGUGGAGCAGAAUCUGACGGUUCUGCGUCGCAGAGAAGUGGUGCUCAAGUAGAAGAAGAUGAAGCUCUUUCUUCAAAUUCUCCUACAUGGAAUUUGGGUGCAGACCGUAAAGGAUCUCCUGAAGAAUCAAGAGGCUUAUUAGUUACUGAUGGAAGCAGUUCUUCCGGUCCAUCCUCGUUGGAAAGAGAUGAUAGAUUACGAACAGUUGACAAGCGGUUAGCUGUGGAAGAGAGAAGGAAACAACUUUGGGAAGCAGAGCAGGAAAGAAAUGAUGCUGUUCUCAGAAAACAUUUGGAAAGAGAAGCUGCUUUAGAAGCUCGGCGCAAUGCACAGAGAAGUAACAUAUCAUUUGCAUUUGGUAGUUCAGUCCCUAGAAAUGUAGAGACUCUACACCCAGAUGGUAAAGAUACAGAUAUCAUGAGUCGGUCAUUUACUGCAAGUGGUUUAACUCAGAAAGAAGAAAACUACAACAUGUUCCAUGACAGACGAUCUGUUUCUCCUCUUAACUAUAAUGGGUAUUUGGUCAAUAAUGAAAGUCAUCAGUCCGAUUCAUCAUAUUCAUGCACUACUUAUUUUGAAAGAAGGGUUUUACCCCCACCUAGCUGGUUAUCUGGCUCUGGUGCUCUUGUUGGAGAUGAUGUUAUGUCUAGAAGUAUGAAUGCUGCAGUGGCAUGUGCUCCUAGAGGUCGCAGGAAAAAUGACUUAAUGCCUACAGUUCCUUACGAGCGAACUGCACCUGCAAGACCAAUUACAGCUCCUUCAACAAGAAAAAGAUCUGUCAGUAUGACUAGAUUAGAUCAGCUAGCUCAACCUCGAAGGCAUUAUGUUGAAGCAAAUAAAGCCAACAGCAGUGCUGGUAGUGGAGCAUCAAGUGUGGUGAAAGACAAUAUACGUUCUCCUAGUAGGCCUUUGUCAUCUGCUUCGGAACAUUCUGGAGGUUCUGGCAGAGUUCCUGGCACAGUGACUCGUCGAGUUCGAUCUUCACCAAGAAAACCUAGACCUGUUUCAAUCGCUGGUACUUUACCUGAUCACAAACAAAUUAGUGCUAAACCUUUCGAAGUUAGGGUGUCUCCAAUUAAACGUAGCUACACACCUAGUAAUAAAACUACAGAAUCUACAGAAGUGCGAAAAAGUACCCAGCCACUUGUUAAGAGCUCUACACCAAAACCUCUGAAACAAGUUGAAAGCAAACCAGCUACAGAGAAAGCUAAAUCAACACCUCGUCCGUCGACAACUCCAAAAGCAAGCACUCCCAAAACAAGUACAUCUAAACCAACUACUCCUAAAUCAGCAAAACAGGUAGAAAAUAAACCAGCUACUUCCAAACCAUCUUCUGCUUCCAAAACAACCAAAGCAGAACCUCCGAAAGCAAAGGAAAAGAAAUCUCAGCCUAUCAAAAAGAAAACUGAUAUUGUUGUCAGUUCACCUGCAACUGCAGAUUCUAAUGAAAAGACUGAUAUUGCUGAAAAGCAAAAUGAGAGUGCAGUUACACAAGAGGGUGAAAUUGCUGCUGAAAAUGAAAGGAACAAUGCCAAGCGUAUUAUCUCAGAAGAAGAAGCUAAAGCUGCUCUUGCAGAGAAGCGCCGUUUAGCUAGAGAGCAAGCAGAAAGAGAAGCUGAAUUAGAAAGGCAAAGACAAGAAGAACUUAGACUCCAAGAAGAGGAACGUUUACGCAAAGAAGAAGAAGAGCAUAGAAAGAUGGAAGAAGAACAGCUUCGUCUUCUUGAGGAACAUCGUCGUUUAGAAGAAGAAAAGCUAAGAAAAGCAAUAGAAGAACAAGAACAGAGGGAAGAAGAAGAAAGAAUCAAACGUGAAGAAGAACUUCGAUUGAAAGCUGAACAAGAAAGAAAGGCUAAAGAAGAAGCAGAGAAACAACGGCUUGAGCUGGAAGAAAAGCUUCGCAAAGAGGAAGAAGAAAGAGCUGAAAGAAAAAAGAGAUUAGAAAAAAUUAUGAGUCGAACACGUGGCAAAUCAAGUGGAACUUCACCAUCAGGAAGCAUCAGUGGUAGUGAUCAGCUAGAUUCUAAUGAACAUGCACAAGAAGGAUUUUCCAGUGGUGCAAAUUCUUUGGAUAGUAAUGAAGCUGGUGAACCUCAGAGUGAACAAGCAACAGUGAACAGUGAGGAUAAUUUUACUAAGGCUGAGAUUUCAAGUGCUGGUGAUUCAAUGGAAGCAAAUCCAACAUAUGAAAUCGGCAGUGAGAAUGAAUCCUUAAAUAGCAAUGAAUUAAUGAUGCCUUUGAGUGAAACAGCCUCUCAAGACAAUAGUUUAGUUAUCAUUCCUGAAAAAAAUGAUGCUGUAUUAGAGCCAACUGUUGAAGCAACUGUUGCUUCUUCUGUAGCUACAGCACCAGAAGAAGCAACUGUUGCUUCUUUUGUAACUACAGCACCAGAAACAGAAUCUACAGAAACCAUUGAAAAUCAAGAGGAAGAAAAGAUAACUUCUUCAGAAGAUAUUGAGAUUAAAUCUGAUGUAAUUCCUGAGAAUGAAGAUAAGAAGUUGUCAGAUGUAGAUGCUGUAGACGAGAGAAGCGAAAGCAAUGAUUUAGUUCCUGAAACUGAACUUGUUUCUAAUUCUGAAUUACAAGAAAAUACAUCUUCUGAUGAUUUCACUAAAAAUCAAAUCUCUCAAGACAAGUUUUUGAAUGAGCAACAACCAAGUGCUGAGGCAAAUUUGGAUGUCCAAUUAAGUGAUAAUGUAUCAACUGAAGUUGCUGAAAAUGAUGCAAUGUUUAGUAAAGUAGAAGAAAUUCAUGAAGAUAGUAAAGAUCAUGCAGAAAUACAGUUUGGUGAAGAUACUUUUGGCAAGUCAUCAGAGGAAUUAUCGAUUGUAAAUGAUACGUUGCAUUCUGAAAAUAAUAAUGAAUUUAUGCUUCCAGAACCAUCCAGCAUGCCUUCAAAUCUUUCUUUUGGUAUUGAUGGAGUAGAUAACAGAGAAACAGAUUUAUCAGAAAUGAAUCGUGGAUCUAGUGUAUCCUCUGAUAUUAAGCUUCCAGAUCCUAUUUAUGAAACAUCAGAUGAUGGUUCUAUUUCCUCAGAAAAGCACCAACAGUAUUAUCAACAAGAAGAUCUUAGCUACUCUGCAAACCAAGACAUGGUAAUGUCUGAAGAUGUGUUUUCAGAACAAGCUGUUACUAUGAAUACUGAACUGGCUGACCAUCACAGUUCAGAUUUAGUUGAACAAGCUGCAUUUGCUGAAACUCAAAAUCCAUUUUCAGUUGAGAAUUCUGAAUAUGUGAUACAGAAUUCUACAUCAGAGGAAAAUCAGUUCCAAAAUAAUUUUGAAGAAACUGGAAAUUAUUGCAUGAGUGAAAGUAUGUAUCAAGAUCAGUUGCUUGAUGCUCUGGAACAACCACGUGAAAUAGGAGAAGAAAAUGUUAUUCCAUCCAGGUCAUCGACCUCCAGCAUAGUUGAGCCUGAUGUGCAUUUACCCGAAUCAGAACUUAAACAAAGUGAUGUUUUUUAUCAAGACAUUCAAGAAAAUAAGGAAAAUGUAAGUGAAUUUGCUACUUUUAGUUCUGAUUUUGCUAACCAGAAUGAUAUUAUGUCCACAAGUGCUUAUGGCUUUUAUUCUGAUAAAGAAAAUACAGUUCCUUCUGUAGAAACUCAAAAUACAUUUGAAUCAUCAGUUAUGGAGAAUGAUAAAUUUGAUUUAGGACCAGCAGGUGAUGGUGCUUCCACAACUAAUCCAUUUUCUGAAAAGUCAGAAUCCCAUGUAUUUCAAGGUGGUGAUUUCAGCUUUGAUCAACAGCAAUCAUUCUCUGAAUCUGAACAAAUAUGCAAUAUUGAGACAGUGCAAAAUAAUGAGCUAUCUUCCCAUAUGGAACAGGUUAAUGAACUAUCUUCCCAUAUGGAACAGGUUAAUGAGCUAUCUUCCCAUAUGGAACAGAUUAGUGAUGUUACCUUAAUCAAAUCAGAUGACAAUGAAACCUAUGUAGGAAUUAUUUCCUCCAUUGAUCAUGACCAAUCUUCGAAUGAUUUUCAAAAACCUAAUUUACAUAAUGAACAAUUAAGAAAUAAUUUUGAAUUUGCUUCCAUGACAGAUAGUGAAGAAAAUAGUUCCUUAGACAGUAAUUUAUCGCAGGUCAUGACUGUUGAAAACAGUGAGAGAAUUACCAAUGAAGGCCUUAAUCAUUCAGAGAAUUCCACAGUAGAAUCUAAUUCAAGCCAACAAGUUUUUAGCAAUGGAGAACAACAUAAUCCGUUUGAAACAGAACAUAUCGAUUAUUAUGAUACCAAUUCCAAGACAAAUGUGAAUAUCUUUUCCACUUCUGAAAUGAGCAAUGGCCACAGUCUAGAGUCUUCCAGACAAGUUUCCGAUCAGCUAGAUGAACUCCAUGGCUUCGGGCAGCUGGAUGGCAAAGACAUUUUAUCUGUUGAUCACUCUAAGAACAACAUUUUUGAAAAUGUGGAUGCCAUUGAUUAUGGCAAGGUUUCUCCAGAUCCCUUUCUUGGAAAGGGAAAUUCUAAAUCUGGAAAUCCUUUCCUCCUGCAGGACGAUCAAAAGCAGGUCCUGAUGACACCAGAUUUCCUAAACUGAUGUAAUUUUGAUGACUGUGGUAUUGGAGUUUACAAAUUGAAGCCUUGGUCCCAUUUUUAUGUAAAACUAAAAUGAAUCUUUAAUGUUUUUAUCCUGUCUGGCACUUAGUGUUCUGACAUUUUACCAAAGCUUUUCUUUGCUGCUGUUUAGUUUUGUUUAUAUAAAUGUUUUUGUACUAAUUAUUUUGGGCUGUAUUAGCCUUUAUGUGAUAAAAAUAUUUUCCUAUGUCUUUUUUUUUUUAUCAGUUGUAUUUUCGUACUAAGGCAGCUACAAUCUGUGCUAGCUUCUUAAAAUUAAAAAUCAAUGCUAACCUUUCUAAAAUAAUUAAUAAUUUAUUCUGUAAUUUGUUGUUCAUUAAAAUUAUCUUGCAUUAAAGGAUUGUUUUAAUAUUUUUGUUGAAAUGAAAUUAUUACAUUCUUUUCUGCUUUAAAUGUCUUUUUAACAUUAACUUUUUACUAGCAAAAUCUUGUUGAGGGGUUACUAAUUGUAUUAAUUUUUUUAUGUAUUUAAUGUGCAUAGUUAUAUUAAAAUAUAUACAGAAUAAAAGAAUAAUUUUAUAUUUUAUACUUACAAAUGUUUUAGAAAUACUUAUCAGUAUUCUUUUAAGCCAAGCUUAAUUGAAAAUGCCCUAAAGUUAUCAUUCUAGUCAAACAUUUGCCUUAUGAAGGAAUCCUUUUAGAUGAAUUGAUUCCUUCAUGAGCUUCGCUAUUAGAAAAAGAUAAAUCAUUCUUAACUACUACUUAUUUCAGUUUGCAAAUCAUGGUCUCUUGAAAUUAUGUAAAUGAUAUAUUGUGUAGUCAGCAAUCGUAAUAACAAAAUGGACAUUCUAAGCUUUCAAGAUUGUAAUAAAAAAUAUCUUGCAUCUUUUAGUGCAGAUGCAGCUAAAAUAUCCAUGAUAAAAGUGGCAUGCUUAUAUUUCCUUUAUUCUAUAUUGCAUUUCAUGAUAGAUCUAUUUGGAUUUGAAGUAAGGGAAAUACAUUCAAAUAAGAUAUUGAUUGUUUUGUAGCAUGUAAUAUAUUAUGUGUUCUUAUGAGUGCUGUCAUCCAUUUCUUCAUAUGUGUUAUUUAAAUUGUUGAUAUGUUGUUGCAGUUCUUACUAUCAAUAGAUAUCAUUGCUUUGUGUAGCUGUAUUUAAUUCUGUAUCUUUUGUCUUGAAAACAAAUUGCAAUGCUUUAUGCAGCUAGAUUUUCUUUACCAGUUGUUUUAACUGGUGUACUUGUGUAAUGAGAUGAAUAAUAAAUUAUGUAUACA